UGCAAAUGAGAACUUGUUCUCAACUAGCCUACCUGGUUAAAUAAAGUGGCCAUGAUACAGCCAGUACUUCUACUCCUGCUACUGGCAGCCAGGUUCUCACCAGUGUUUGGGACUGAGAUAUCAGUACUGGAGGGAACCUCUGUGACCCUUGUCUACAGAUUUCCCAGUGAGGAGAAUCACAUACUUUAUACAACCUUGAGUGAAACCAGUCCUUGCAAAUGGUGGUCCUGUUGUAAUCACACAGCUGUGACAACAAUACCUACAAUCGCACAAGAAAACAAAUACAGAUGUAUAACUGGAGUUGAGAUGGUGAACUUCACCAUUUUAGACCUUCAGCCUGCAGACAGUGGGAAUUACUUUUGCAGAUCAGCGAUCUCUACAGUGUUAAAUAAACCUUCAGAAUUCUACAGCCUGAGGGUAGUGAAAGGUCACACAGGUUGCAACAGGGAUUUACUGGACGGAUUGGAAUUUCUGGGAAAAGAUAUUGAGAAUCAGCCAAUCCCAAUCCAAAGUGCAAGUCAGUGCAGACAGGAAUGCACCAAUAUUUACAAGUGCCAGUACUUCACAUUCAGUUGGACGGAGACAGAAAUGAGAAACAAAUGUUCCUUGAAGGCCUCAACUGGUGAUCUGUUGAACUCAAGAAUUACAAUACAGCGCCUCCAAAAUGCAACCUCGGGCUAUUCCCUGAAAAACUGCAGUGGUAAAGUCACCUACUCAGCCAAAAAGUACAGCCUUGUCCUUAAGUGGAAAAACUGGACUGAAGCACAAGAGUACUGCAGACAACACUACACAAACCUGUCCAUCAUACACACAGAAGAGGAUUGGAAGGCAAUUCAAUCCACUCUGAGUCAUUUUAGUGGUGAUGUGUGGAUUGGCCUUAAUGGAAAUGGGCCUGUUCAAACUAAAAAGUGGAGUUGGUCUGAUGGGGAGGAGUUGAUGUUCUUAAACUGGGAUGGUGGUUUUGGCAGCGUGCUCAACAUUCAUUGUGCCGUUUCAGUUUCUUCUCGGUUUCGACAACAGUUGUGUUACACCUCAUUACCCUACAUGUGUCAAUACGUUCGUCAUGUCAAUGGAGUAACAGAGAAGGUGUAUCAGCUGAUAAUCAAACCAAAGAACCAGGAGGAGGCUGUGAAAGACUGCAAAGAUCAACAAGGAGAACUGGCGAGUAUCUGUAACCAGAAAGAGCAAGAUGCCUUUGAUGAGUUGAAUAAAGGGAUCACCUGGAUUGGAUUAAAGCAUGAGAACAACACAUGGAAUUGGUCCAGUGGGGAACCAUUUCAGAAAUGGGACUAUCCAAUGCAUUUGGGAGACGGAAAGUGUGUGAAGCUGAACUCAGAAAAUGACAGAAAAUGGACACCAGAAAAUUGUUCUACUCAAAGUCCUUUCCUGUGCUAUGGGGAUGAACGUCCACUUAAUAACACCACUGGGGAUUUGACCACUCCUGUUGCCCCUGAAACCACCUGGCCUACUUCAACUGGUCCUCCCUCUACCAAAACCUCCACCACAACACCUACCACUUUACUACCUACUACUACUAAUGGACAGUCCACCACCUCACCAACUACCACUACUAAUGUACAGUCCACCACCUCACCAACUACCACUACUAAUGUACAGUCCACCACCUCACCGACUACCACUACUAAUGGACAGUCCACCACCUCACCAACUACCACUACUAAUGGACAGUCCACCACCUCACCAACUAGCACUUCUAAUGUACAGUCCACCACCUCACCAAAUGCCACUCUUAAUGGACAGUCCACCACCUCACCAACAACAACCACUACUAAUGGACAGUCUACCACAUCACCACCUACAACUACUAGCGGACAGUCCACCACCUCACCACCUACCACUACAAAUGGACAGUCCACCACCUCACCAACUACCACUACUAAUGGACAGUCUACCACCUCACCAACUACCAAUACUAAUGGACAGGCCACCACCUCACCAACUACCACUACUAAUGGACAGUCCACCACCUCACCAACUACCACUACUAAUGUACAGUCCACCACCUCACCAACUACCACUACUAAUGCACAGUCCACCACCUCACCACCUACCACUACUAGUGGACAGUCCACCACCUCACCACCUACCACUACUAGUGGACAGUCCACCACCUCACCAACUACCACUACUAAUGGACAGUCCACCACCUCACCACCAACUACAACUAAUAAUGGACAGUCCACCACCUCACCACCUACCACUACUACUGGACAGUCCACCACCUCACCACCUACCACUACUACUGGACAGUCCACCACCUCACCACCACCUACCCCUACUAAUGGACAGUCCACCACCUCACCACCAACUACAACUAAUAAUGGACAGUCCACCACCUCACCACCUACCACUACUAGUGGACAGUCCACCACCUCACCGUCUACCACUAAUAAUGGACAGUCCACCUCCUCACCAACUACCAAUUCUCAGGGACAGUCCAACAUCUCACCAACUACCAUUACUAAUGGACAGUCCACCACCUCACCAACUACCACUAGUAAUGGACAGUCCACCACCUCACCACCUACCACUACUAGUGGACAGUCCACCACCUCACCAACUACCACUACUAAUGGACAGUCUACCACAUCACCAACUACCACUACUAAUGGACAGUCUACCACAUCACCACCUACAACUACUAGCGGACAGUCCACCACCUCACCACCUACCACUACUAAUGGACAGUCCACCACCUCACCAACUACCACUACUAAUGGACAGUCUACCACAUCACCACCUACAACUACGAGUGGACAGUCCACCACCUCACCACCUACCACUACUAAUGGACAGUCCACCACCUCACGAACUAUCACUACUAAUGAACAGUCCACCACCUCACCACCUACCAUUACUAAUGGACAGUCCACCAUCUCACCAACUACCACUACUAAUGGACAGUCCACCACCUCACCAACUACCACUAGUAAUGGACAGUCUACCACAUCACCACCUACAACUACUAGUGGACAGUCCACCACCUCACCACCUACCACUACUAAUGGACAGUCCACCACCUCACCAACUACCACUACUAAUGGACAGUCCACCACCUCACCACCAACGUCAACUUCCAGUGGACAACUGAGUUCAUCAAAUCCCACCUCCACAGACAGGGAUCCCACAUCCUCUCCCUGUUGUCUGUCUUCUCCACUCCAUCCUGAUUAUCUGCAAUACAUCAACAAGUCCAAGAGCUGGAUCAAUGCCAUGGAGUUCUGCAGAAGCCGUGGCUCCAAGUCCAACCUGGUGCACAUCACCAACCAGACUGUGCAUGCUGACGUGACCCAGCUCAUUGCCAAUGUGGAGCUGGCAUGUGGGGGAGUGUGGAUUGGUCUGGAGCGGUCCAUCUUUGAGUGGAACGCCCCCUGGCUGUGGACCAGUGGUGAUGUUGAUAAGGUGGUGAAGUACAGUGAGUGGCACAGCUGCUUCCCCCUCAACCCCAUCAAUUACCACUGUGGUAAGAUGGUCCGGGUUGGUAACGGAGAACUGAAGUGGCUGGAUGCUUCCUGUCAUCAGGAAUUACCCUUCAUAUGUCAAGAUCUCCACUAGUGGGCUCUACAUGGCAGCCUGGACAGUCUGCAGCCAGACACCACACUGAUCUACCAGAGAGACUUCCACACUCAUGGUCUGGAAGGAACCUGCAUUUCAAUUCAUUAUAUUUUACACCAAUAUAACUAUUACUAUUAUUAGGACUUUUUAUUGUCAUAUUUUACAUGAUAUUACUUAAUGAUACUGUACUUACAUAUACUGACUCGUAAGCAUUGUUAUUUGACCUAUAGUUUACUGUAAUACCUUGAUUGUUUUAAAAUAGAGUAAAGAAAGGUAAAGUAAAAGGUAUUAACUGAACAUGCAGUAUUUAACUCCUGUGUGAUAUGUACUGUUACAGAACACUAUUUAGUUAGAAUGUAAUUAUUGUUAUUUUGUAUUUCCUUUCGUCUCUGCUCUGAUUAAACAUUCAUUUACAGUU